AGGUUAAUAUCGCAUAUAAGUACUGCUCCAACCUCUUUGCUUCAAUCAUCGCUAGUUCUUUCUUGAUCUCUUCCACAAGUUCGUUCUUACGAACACUCCACUCUCCAAAGCGAUGAAGAUAGUGGUCUCAAAAUCCUGGCACUGCUGCUGAUGACUAUGGUGAUUGUCUCUCUUUCACUCUUUACAGGUGUCGAUGCCGCGGACCCCGAUCCACUGCAAGACUUUUGUGUCGCCGACCUCUCCAAGGAUCUCACCAUGAAUGGCUUCCCUUGCAAAAGAGCCUCCAACACCACCACCGAGGACUUCAUCUAUGGCGCCCUCAAGCGUUCAGCCAACACGAGCAAUCCACUCGGUGCUGGAGCGGUGCCUGGAUCUGUCUUAGAGUACCCGGGCCUAAACUCGCUGGGCCUCUCCAUCUCGAGGCUCGACUUCGCGAAGGGCGGUUUGAUCCCUCCUCACACACAUCCCCGCGCGUCCGAGAUGAUCUACGUCGUGAAGGGGAGCAUGUACGCCGGGUUUGUCACCACGGACAACAAGCUCUUCGCUCGAGUCAUCUCCAAAGGCGACGUGAUGAUCUUCCCCCGGGGUUUGAUCCACUGGCAGCUCAACGUUGGAAACACCAACGCAGUGGGGAUUGUCACGCUCAACUCGCAGUUCCCUGGCUUCCAGAUGAUCGCCAACUCCUUGUUUGGAUCCAAAAUCCUGGACGAGGUGUUGAUGAAGGCCUUCUUCAUUGACGAGAAAGCCGUGCAGCAGCUCAAGUCAAUCUUCACUCCGUCUAGAUAGGUGAAAAAAAAACGACAAUGUUGAAACUUUGUCAUAAACCAGAUUUCCGCCAGUGUCUUGUGCUGGAGAAUGCUCAAGAGCUCAUUUGGUC